UGAGAGGAGGAACGGAGGCUGCUCCACGAAGAUGUGAAGAUAAAAACCCCGAGCUACAGCGACCCCCGAGCGGCCUGUUUUCUUUACCUUUCACCGGUGGAGAAGACAUUUUUAUUUUUCUAAUAAAUGCACUUUUUGCAGCACAUGAUUUAUUAUUUUUUGCUUUUUUAAAUUUUACGCAUUUUACGCUAUGGCAGUUCAGUUCACAUCCGGGCCACAAUGCCUUGACUCCAUUAUUGUCUAAAAAAAAAAAAAACUGGCGGAGAGAGGUUGAUAAACCUUUUUAUUUUUCACCGUUAACGGCUCAUUUUUUUAAAUAUAUUUUAGUUUGAAACUUGGUGCAGUGACGACCGGGACGGAGAGGAGAUGUCUAACCAAGGAGUUCGUCGGAACGGCCCCGUGAAGCUGCGAUUAACAGUCCUCUGCGCCAAAAACCUGGUGAAGAAAGACUUCUUCCGCCUCCCUGAUCCAUUCGCAAAGGUUGUCGUGGACGGUUCAGGUCAAUGCCACUCGACAGACACUGUGAGGAACACGCUCGACCCCAAGUGGAACCAACACUACGACCUAUAUAUCGGGAAAUCAGACUCCAUCACCAUCAGCGUGUGGAAUCACAAAAAGAUCCACAAGAAGCAAGGGGCUGGUUUCCUGGGCUGUGUCCGCCUUCUGUCCAACGCAAUCAACCGCCUUAAAGACACGGGCUACCAGAGACUAGACUUGAACAAGCUGAGUCCCAAUGACAGCGACACAGUCAGAGGACAGAUAGUCGUGAGCCUGCAGUCGAGGGACCGGAUAGGCACAGGAGGCCCCGUGGUGGACUGCAGUCGACUGUUUGACAACGAUCUUCCAGAUGGCUGGGAGGAGAGGAGGACCGCGUCUGGACGAAUCCAGUACUUGAACCACAUCACACGCACCACCCAGUGGGAGAGGCCGACCAGGCCUGCCUCAGAGUACUCCAGCCCUGGUCGACCUCUCAGCUGCAUCGUGGACGAGAACACGCCCGUCAGCACGAACGGAGCCACACCCACCACAGCAUUACCCCCCAGUGGCGGGGACCAGCGGGCCCAGGAGAGACGAGUCCGAUCCCAGAGGCACCGAAACUACAUGAGCAGGACCCACCUGCACACGCCCCCCGACCUACCUGAGGGAUAUGAGCAGAGGACCACGCAGCAGGGCCAGGUGUACUUCCUGCACACUCAGACAGGUGUCAGCACGUGGCACGAUCCCAGAGUACCAAGGGAUCUGAGUAAUGUGAACUGUGAGGAGCUGGGUCCUCUACCUCCUGGAUGGGAGAUACGAAACACGGCCACCGGGAGGGUCUACUUUGUCGACCACAACAACCGAACCACGCAGUUCACAGACCCGCGCCUCUCAGCCAACCUGCAUCGAGUCCUAAAUCCAAGUCCCAACGGUUCCAGAGGAGGCAUCGAAGCGCAGAAUGUCAGUCGUCAGAACCAGUUGAAGGAUCAGGUCCAGCAGGCUCUGGUGUCCCCCGCUCAGCUCCCCGAGGAGGCCGAGUGCCUCACGGUGCCCAAGUACAAGCGGGACCUCGUUCAGAAGCUCAAGAUCCUGCGUCAGGAACUGUCCCAGCAGCAGCCUCAGGCCGGUCACUGCCGCAUCGAGGUGUCCCGAGAGGAGAUCUUUGAGGAAUCAUAUCGACAGGUGAUGAAGAUGAGGCCGAAGGACUUGUGGAAAAGGCUCAUGGUGAAGUUCAGAGGAGAGGAGGGGCUGGAUUAUGGAGGCGUGGCCAGGGAGUGGCUCUAUCUGCUGUCGCACGAGAUGCUGAACCCGUACUAUGGCCUGUUCCAGUACUCCCGUGAUGACAUUUACACUCUGCAGAUAAACCCCGACUCUGCUGUCAACCCUGAGCACUUGUCUUACUUUCACUUCGUCGGUCGUAUCAUGGGGAUGGCGGUGUUUCACGGACACUACAUAGACGGAGGAUUCACUCUGCCUUUCUACAAACAGCUGCUGGGUAAACCCAUCACUCUGGAUGACAUGGAGUCUGUGGACCCCGACCUGCACAACAGCCUCGUCUGGAUCCUGGACAACGACAUCACAGGUGUGCUGGACCACACCUUCUGUGUCGAACACAACGCGUACGGUGAGAUCAUCCAGCACGAGCUGAAGCCCAACGGGAAGAGCAUCCAGGUCACGCAGGACACCAAGAAAGAGUACGUCCGGCUCUACGUCAACUGGCGCUUCCUGCGAGGGAUCGAGGCUCAGUUCCUCGCUCUGCAGAAAGGUUUCAACGAGGUCAUCCCGCAGCACCUGCUGAAGGCGUUCGAUGAGAAGGAGCUCGAGCUGAUCGUGUGCGGUCUGGGUAAAAUCGACAUCAACGACUGGAAGUCCAACACGCGGCUCAAACACUGCACUCCGGACAGCAACAGCGUGAAGUGGUUCUGGAAGGCCGUGGAGUCGUUCGACGAGGAGCGCCGAGCCCGGCUGCUGCAGUUUGUCACCGGCUCCUCCAGAGUUCCCCUGCAAGGAUUCAAGGCGCUCCAAGGUGCUGCUGGCCCGCGGCUCUUCACCAUCCACCAGAUUGAUGCCAGCACCAACAACCUGCCCAAAGCCCACACCUGUUUCAACCGGAUUGACAUUCCUCCGUACGAGCACUACGACAAACUUUACGACAAGCUGCUCACUGCCAUCGAGGAGACGUGCGGCUUCGCUGUGGAGUGACUCGCUGACGCCGGCAGCAGCAGCGCUCAGAAACAUCCAGAAGCGACACGGUUUGGUCCCGAUGAGCCUCCUCCUGACAAAACCUGCCACUCAAGACGGGAGGAGGGUCACGCCCGGUUGCUUCUCUCCCAGGGGGACGCACACACUUCCUGGGGACAUGUGGCCGAGCGGAGGGAGGGAGGGAGAAAACGUCACCAGACUUUUUUUUUAUUUUCCUGCCCUCCUUUACGUCUCUCUCUCUCUUCAGCUGCUAAUAACUCAGACUCUCUUACUAACUCGAGGAAACCUGCAAAACGUUGCCAGCUCUUCCCUUUUUUUUUUUUAUAAGUUCAUUUUAGCAUUUAAACACACACAGACUGUACUCCAUGUAGCAACGCUCCAUCUUCCCAAACGGAACACAAGGUCGGCCCGCUCUGAAGCGACACGGACGAGACCGCUCUGCCUGGUUUGACUCGUCUUGUUAGAGUUCAGUCAUGGUUACCAGCACGGCGUUUUGGAAGCAGAGCGUGCAGGACUCCGGCUGAUUGGUGCUUCGGGUGCUGAAAAGUCUGAAAGAAAAAGAAAAACAAAGAGACGCUUAUUAAAAACCCGAAUGUUUACAACCCUCUCCAAAGACAGCAGCAGGAUCGUCUGCCCGCUGAUCCGCCGCCGCCCGACAACCAACGCUGCAUUCCCACAAACCCUGCCACGUCCGACAGCUGGUUUGGUUUGAAGAUGAAUAAAUGAAUGCAUAGCUUAAA